GCCGGGAAUGUGUCCACGCUCGGUCUCCGCUUUAUGACCCUCCACGACGCUGCUAAUCAUGCGGGCAUCGGCCAUAUAAACACGCUGUCCCUCCUGCUUUGCCUUUUCCUCCCUCUCAGCCCUCUAUUGCGUCAUUCGUUCAGACUUGCAUUAGCUCCCCGUUGUCAAAAUGCUGCCGUACAUCAACGCCCCAUUUGAGUAUGUUGGCAGCGCGCUGGGAACCUCUGCGGACGAGUUAAAGCUCGUCUUCUCAUUCUACCUUUCAUAUCCCUUGGCAGCAGUCCUCAAGCGCAUACCAGACAAGGACCCAUGGAAGAAAAACGUCUUCAUCAUAGGCGUCUCGCUCUUCUACCUUGUCGGCCUGUUUGACCUAUGGGGUGGUCUCAGGACCUUGAUCCUCAGUUCCUAUGGCGCAUACUUCAUCGCAGCCAAGAUCAACUCUCCGUACAUGCCAUGGAUCGGCUUCGUCUAUUUGAUGGGCCACAUGUCCAUAAACCACAUUGCCCGGAUGAGGGUCGACGAUCCGUCUUCGGUGGAUAUCACUGGAGCGCAAAUGGUCAUGGUAAUGAAGCUCACCGCAUUUUGCUGGAACGUGCAAGACGGACGGCUGCCGGACUCUGAGCUUUCCGAUUUCCAGAGAGAACAUGCUGUUCGGACCAUGCCCGGCCUUCUGGACUAUACCGGCUACGUCUUCUUCUUUCCCGCGCUCAUGGCCGGCCCAGCAUUCGACUUUUGCGACUAUAGCCGCUACAUCAGCACCACCAUGUUUGCGCUACCCCCUGGAAUUGAUCCGUCGAAAGCGCCUCCGACCCGCAAGAAGCGUAAGAUUCCUCGAAGCGGGACCCCUGCAACCAUCAAAGGCAUCAUUGGAACUGUGUGGAUCUUCGCAUUCCUAAAAUUCUCGAGUUGGUACAACAUCCCCUUUUACCUGGGCCCUGAUUACAUGAAGUACUGGUUUCCGCGCCGCGUAUGGCUCUUGUACAUGCUCGGUCUUACCACCCGCAUGAAGUACUACGGUGUUUGGAGUCUCUCAGAGGGCGCCUGCAUCCUUUCUGGAAUUGGAUAUAACGGCGUUGAUCCUGUAUCUGGACGAGCCAAGUGGGACCGUCUCACAAAUAUAAAGCCUAUGGAAAUCGAGCUGGCGCAAAACACCCGCGCAUACCUGGGAUCCUGGAACAUCAACACCAAUCACUGGCUGCGGAACUACAUGUAUCUGCGCGUCACUCCGAAAGGCAAGAAGCCAGGCUUUCGGGCAACCCUAGCGACCUUUGUUACGAGUGCCUUCUGGCACGGGUUCUAUCCGGGCUACUACCUGGCCUUCAUUCUAGCCUCCCUCCUCCAAUCAAUCGCAAAGAACGCGCGCCGCAUGAUCCGCCCCUUCUUCCUGACUCCCGACGGCAAAGCCCCCCUCCCCUCGAAGAAGUACUACGACUUCUUCACCAUAAUCCUCACGCAAACCAUGUUCGGCUUCACCGUUGCCCCCUUCAUCCUCCUCUCCUUCAGCUCCACCAUGCUCGUCUGGGCGCGCGUCUACUUCUACACUCUCAUCGGAGUCGGCCUCUCCUUCGCCCUCUUCUCGCGCUCUCUGCCCUUCCGCAAAGAACUCGUCAAGCGGCAGUCCGCGCGCCUCUCGCCCACGGCCACCGACAGCAUCCAGCAGGUCGCGAAGGAGGAAGUCGCGAAGGACCAGCGGCGCCAGGAGCUGCAGCGGACGGAGAGCGCGGAUAGUGCGCUCGUCAGGAGGGCGCCGACGCUGGGUAUUGCGGAUGAUCCGGAGGCGGAGAUUGAUGAGAUUGUCGCGGAGGUUAGGAGGGAGAUUGAGGAGAGGAGGCGCAGGGGCAGUUUGGUGCAGGGGUUUGAUGUGAAGAAGGCCGUGCAGGACAAACUGCAGGAGUUUAAGAAGAGUUGAAGCGUCUCUUGGAUAUUUGUGCUGGAGCAUCGGUUAUGCGGGGGAUCAUGCAUUGGGGUAUUUGGCCUUUGGGGUCAGGGGCAGCCCAGGAGAUAUUUUUCACGUGUACAGGUGUUAUUUGAAUGCAUUGGUGAGUUGCUAUUUGGGCCUAUCAGAAAAUCUCAUGCGCAACCCGAACGAGUAUCGCUGCGAAGCUUCGGGGGAUCCAUAGGCGCACAUCCGGGAAACCAAAACGUAUUCUAGAAUCUAAACGAUCUCAAU